GCUGCCGCCCACUGACGGCGGCGGUGGCUUUUUAUCGCUUCCCCGGCGGCCGGGCAUAAGAUUGACGACAGAGUUCGAUAGCGACAGCUCGAUAUUCUUCAACAAGAUUUCGUGCAAGUUGUUAGACAGUCUCGCGAAGCUAAAGCUAUCGUUCCAGAACAACGACAAGGGCGAGAUCUCCGAGCCCCAAUUGGCUCUCACUUCCAAGUACCUCUCACUCCACUACGAUCUCGAAGAACACAACGCUCUCAUCAAGAGCUCCUUUGACGUUGGCCCUGCUUUGCACUUGAGAGCUGCUCAUGAUGUCAAGGCACAACAAGGAGAGGUGGCAAUUGUUGCAGAUCUUGCCGGUCCUGCCUACAAAUUUGAACUGGUAUCUGCUGUUCCAUCUGUUGGCCUGCCAAAAGCCACCUUUAAUUUUCCUCUUGGUGAAAUUUCAUUGGAGGAGAAAGAGGAGGAGGAAGUGAAGAAAAUGUUGUCAAUAAAUGGAAUCGUCAAAGGUCAUCUCUUGAAUGGGGUUUGCACUGCUCAAUACGAGGAUGAAAACAUAAAUCUAAGAUACUUGUACAAGGUUGGAGAUGAAUCUGGGAAGGCAAAGACGGCUCCAAUGAAAGCAAAAAUCCAGUUCAUGCUGCAAGUGCCGCAAGAUGAUAUUAAAUCAUCGGCCUUGAUGUUCCGUGUGAAAAAGAGGUGGGAUAUUUGAGUCUGUUCACUUGCCUAAUGGCUCCUUUGUUCUCUCUGAUGUAGCAUCGGCGGGACAAUUGUUGUAAUGAUAACAUUUCCCUGAGAAACAAGGAUAUAUGUCUGGCCUAUAAAUUAAUUUACAUCUCAAAAGUAUUUUUUUAGGUUACAGUUUAAUACCAACUUAAUAUAGAAGGCUGGAUAAUUGGGUCGCAUUAACAGAUAUCAAAGAACGUCUGGAUUGUCAUUGUUGGAUCUGUUAAUUUCGGAUUUGGAUUCAGAAUGGGAUUUUUUGAAUCCUGUCUGAAUCUAAUCCAUUGACAUGCAAAAUCUAGGUUUUCAUUCACUGUUGGUGUGCAAUUUAUGUAUAAAAAAAAUUCAAAUUCAAAUUUAAAAAAGUGAUGUUUUACAGAGAACUCAGAGUAGGUUGAUAUAAAAAUACCAUGAGAUCAAUUGUGAGACUGAAAACGAUGUACACAGAAAAACCGACCGUGUUAAAUGGCUCUAAGAAUGUUGCAGUGUUGUGUUUCUUCAAUGGGUUUUCUAGGGUAGGAUAGUUUUUGUAUUGUAACUGAAUGACAUUAAUAUUUAAUUUUGUUUUAGAAUGAAUGUAAGACAUUUUGUUUUAAGUUGUAAUAGUUAUUACAUAUUCCAAUU